GAGCCCUGGGGGAGUCAGACGCAUUCUUGGCUGAGAUUCAAUGCCUGACCUAGACGCCGACAAACAGAGGGGAGAAGGCAGUCUGAGCUGCAAGGUCGUAUUGUGUGGAUGUGCUGGGUCUUCACGCUUGCAGAUUGUGGAGCGCAGAGGAAAAAGGAAACAAAGUGCAGACUCUGAAACAAAAUUGGGGACUGGAUUUCGGGAGGACUUGUUUACUGACCGUCUGUUUUAGAAGAAAUCUUUUUGAAAGAGCACGGUUGUGGGUAUGUUUGAAGGCAAGAGUACUGCAGAAACACAGCACGCCUGAGAGACUGGAUUUCAUGAGCUACUUUAAUUCCGUCUGCGCUGGUGGGGCAAACUUGGACGCCGCGGCUUUUUAAAGAAGGGUUUAUCUGAUUUUUUUUACAAAACGGGUCUGCUUUUGGGGGUCCGGAAUCAUGGAGACUCUACCAAGAUCUAGUUUUCAGCCUCAUCCAGGGCUCCAGCAAACCUUAAAGCAGUUUCAUCUCAGCAGUAUGAGUUCGCUCGGCGGACCGGCGGCUUUUUCUGCCCGAUGGGCUCAGGAGAUGAUGUACAAAAAGGAAACUGGGAAAGAAACGGAUCAGAUUAUACAUCUACCCAUACAACCCCCUCCUGUAAUGCCGGGCCCCCUCUUUAUCCCCUCGGACCGAUCAACGGAGAGAUGCGAGACCAUUCUGGAGGGGGAGACCAUUUCUUGUUUCGUAGUUGGUGGGGAAAAGAGGCUUUGCUUGCCUCAGAUUCUGAACUCCGUCCUUAGAGAUUUUUCUCUCCAGCAGAUCAAUUCGGUAUGUGAUGAAUUGCAUAUUUACUGCUCUAGAUGCACGGCAGACCAGCUGGAGAUCCUGAAAGUCAUGGGGAUUUUGCCUUUCUCGGCUCCAUCCUGUGGCUUGAUCACCAAGACAGACGCAGAGAGGCUUUGCAAUGCUUUACUCUACGGAGGAACCUACCCUCCCCAUUGCAAAAAAGAAUUUUCCAGCACCAUUGAGUUAGAGAUCACGGAAAAAAGCUUCAAAGUGUACCACGAGUGUUUUGGGAAGUGCAAGGGACUCUUUGUGCCUGAGUUGUACGGCAACCCUCAUGCUGCGUGCAUCCAGUGUAUGGACUGCAGGCUGAUGUAUCCUCCUCACAAAUUUGUAGUGCACUCGCACAAAUCAUUAGAAAACAGAACCUGCCACUGGGGUUUCGAUUCGGCCAACUGGAGAGCCUAUGUUCUGUUGAGUCAGGAUUACACCGGAAAAGAGGAGAAAACUCGAUUGGAACAGUUGCUGGAUGAAAUAAAAGAGAGAUUUGACUACAGCAAUAAAUACAAAAGAAAAGCACCCAGGGUCCCUUUUGACCAAACAGUGUUUAAAAAGUUCAAGAAAGAUGAAACUACUUCAGACCAUCUGAUUACCAUCGAGAAGGAGAAACAGUCCGAAUGGUGGAGGUCCUUUUCCUCUCCUUCUGGUGCCAAGAAUGUUCUAAGCAGCAGUUGUGUACAUUCUCAGCAAAGACUCUCCGCCUUCAGACCAUGGUCACCGGCCAUUUCAACAGUUGAGAAAGAAACUCUGCCUCACCUUCCUGCACUGUCCCGAGACAGUUUCUAUGCAUACAAAAGUUACGAAAGUUCAGUAGCACCAAACGUGGCUCUAACACCACUGCCCCAGCAGAGGAGUGGACGACAGUCACCGCUGGCCACUGCAGUCACACAGAACAUUGGGACACCAAAUGAAGUUAGCAGAUCUCGGAAAAGGAGGGUAACUGCGGAAUCAAGCCUUGAACAGGAAGCAGCUGCUCCCCUUGCUCCUACGUUUCCUUCUGAAGACAAAGAAUCCGAAGCUGAAGUGGAAGUUGAGAGCAGGGAAGGAUUCACAUCGUCAUUGUCAUCACUUUCUUCUCCUUCCUUUACUUCAUCUGGCUCAUCAGCAAAGGAUCUGAGCUCACCUGGGGUCCAGGUCGCAUCCAACGGAAACCUUGAGACUUCAGGUCACACAGAGACCCACAACGGCGGACUGGAAGUGGAGCUAGAACAGUUAAGACAGGCCUUGGAUGUUGGAAUUGACACCAAGGAGGCAAAGGAGAAAUUCUUACAUGAAAUCAUAAAGAUGCGAGUGAAGCAAGAGGAAAAGCUGAAUGCUGCUUUGCAAGCCAAGCGCAGUUUGCAACAGGAACUUGAAUUUCUCCGUGUGGCCAAGAAGGAGAAACUACGUGAAGCCACUGAGGCCAAGCGCAACUUGCGAAAGGAGAUAGAACGUCUUCGCACAGAGAACGAGAAGAAAAUGAAAGAGGCAAAUGAGUCUCGGAUACGGCUAAAGCGUGAACUGGAACAAGCGAAACAAAUCAGGGUCUGCGAUAAAGGCUGUGAGGCAGGGAGACUGAGGAUCAAGUAUUCGGCACAGAUUGAGGAGCUGCAGGUGAAGUUGCAGCAUGCCGAGGCGGAUCGGGAGCAGUUGCGGGCAGACCUGCUGCGGGAACGAGAGGCACGGGAACACUUGGAAAAAAUGGUGAAAGAGCUUCAGGAACAACUCUGGCUGAAACCAAGCAACUCCACCUCCUGCAAAGUGCUCUCAAGAGACAGUGAGAUUUAAAAGAAAAUACACAAAACUGCGCGUGUGUGUGUGAGUGUUUGGCUGCGCGUGUGUUUGUGUGAACGUAUGUGUAUAUAUUCACACAUACACACGGAGGAUACAAGAGUUGGUUGUUUUCGGAGAAAGAAUGUUACUUCAGACACACGCACUGAAACUCCCUUCCCCUAAUGACACAGUACAGCACAGGAAACAUGUGCCUGCCAUCCUGCCAGACUCAGAUACUCAACUCUUUCUGAAAUACUUUAAUAAAUACGGUUAGUGACAGCACCGAGGAUUUCUUCUCUGCUACUUAGAGGUUUUUUUCUACAACUCGUCACAUGAUGUACAGGACUCCUGGAAGUCUGUCUCAUAUUGUACCAAAUAAAAUAAAAGGGAGGAGGAACAAAACAAAAGGGUGGGGGGGGUUGUCGGUGCUUUCUCUGGUUAAUUUACAGAACUCUUCAAAUUCUACUUUUGUAAUAAGCUAUUGAAGUAUAGAAACAAAGACAAACUGUUUUGAAAACGGAAGACUUAAUUUUAAACCAAGUUUGAAACAUGUGCAGUCGUUCUGACAACUCGCUUUCUCCUUGACACGUCCCUGUGCUUUCCCCAGGAUUGGCUGCUGUUGUCACUGCUGUUGCUCUCCACUUCUUUUCCUCUUGAUUUAGAGAGCACCAUGAGUCAAAUCGGAAGCCAUGGAACAACGUUACUGCAACACCCCUCCUUGUAAGAAAAAAAUAAAUAGCUCAUGGAGCCUUUCAAAGACUUUUUUGUUUCCUCCCUUCCCACCCUCCCCAGCCACCAACUCCAUUUUUAGUUGGAUUAUUUUCAGCUGGAGGGGAUGUUAAAUACUUGUUUGGCCUUAUCAGCAACAGAGCAUUCUCUGGAAAGACUUGAAAUAUAUUUUGGUUUUAUUUUUGUUUGAGAGAUGUGAUCACAAUGUGAUUCUAACUCCAGAACACUUCAGUGAAAGAAGAAAAUGGAUGGAGAGAGAGAAAUAUCACAAAGAAAACUGGGACAGUUGUUAAGAGAUUACAAGCAACAGAAGAAAAUCCAGUAUAAUUGGGACACCAUUCCAAAAUAUGUUUUUGCAAAAUUUAGUAAAUUUUACCACAGCAGCACUUUGUACCAGCUGCAAUUCUCUGUUCACAGUAUUUACAGAGCUCUUUUGUUUAUCAAUAUUAUUGUAUCUUUUAUUCGGGAUUUUUUUUGUUUUUUUUUCUGCAUUGUACUGUUCAAUGAUUCAUUGUGUAUGCUGAACUAACAUUUACAGAGUACAGGAUCAAUUGGGUACCUUGCUUAGUCAGAUACCUAUGCGCAUGCAUGCGUGUGUGUAUAGGUGACAAAUUUAUUGGCUUUAAACAUACUGCGUUAUAGCAAAAUUCACUUUGUCACAACUUCUGCAUGAACAAAUUUGGCUUCACUGUGAAUUCUUCUUGACACAGAAUACUUUGAUGUGUUUUAGUUCACAUUCUCUGGGGGAGGAAUGGUUCUGGGCCUUGUUUUGGUUACGUGAACUGUCUCAAUUCUUUAUUCAGACAUCUAGAUUUAUUACCAGAUGCAUCUGAGCUGCACCAUUAAAGAAAACAGUAAUUUUUAUUUUUCUGGUUGACUACGUAUUUGUGUCCCCUGCCUCUAGCACUCUCCAAAGUUCAUCCACAAUAAACCCCUCACCCCCUGCUGUCCACUGUAAGACUAUUACAUUCUCUCAUUGACAAUGCACGAAGAUAGCCCAUGUACAGACACCUCUUCCAUCCAAAGUGAAGAACAUGGCAUAAAGUCAAACACCUUGUCUUGCCCUGCCAGCAGUCCAUGUACCUGCCUCAGAUGUUGAAUGGUGUGGGGUGGGAUUGGUUAGAACAAUGAGGACACAAAAUAUACAUUCUGCACUUGCUGCAUUAUCUGACAUGAAGGCCAGAACCCAAUAAGAUCUUGUAAUCUGAUGUUAGUAGAAUGCUCUGAUGUAAACUACAUUAAUGUUUUCUCUCUUAAUACUUAAAAGACACUUGCUGCUGUGUUUCAUUAAUAAGGAUAAAAAAUAUAUUUAUCACACGGAAUGAAUAAAAGCAAAAAAAAAAAAAGUGUUUUAAACUAUUCUGCAUGAAUCCAGUAUAAUCGCCAUUGUUACUGUGAGACUACAUGGCAGGUCUUCAGAAUUUAGGUACAAGUGAAAUUUGGAAGCGUUGAGAGGGCAUCUCCAGACUUGAGGGGUGUGUACGAUGUAAAGAAAAAAUCUGGAGGAAAUGGGGUGAACAUUGUAACCAUUUUUAAGGCUGCAACAGUGGAUUGUGAUAACCCCACUACACAAUGGGAUCCAGAUCCGCUUUAGCGAAUACAAAAAUUUAAACACAAAUACAUAAUAAUUCCCCCGUUACGUGCAAUGUAAACGGAACAUAGAUCACGCUUAUGCAAUUAUGUGGGAUAUUUCUGCUUUAUCUGUUUUUGUAAUAGGAAGACUCGAUAUCUUUCAUAUGCAUGGAGUUACAAUAUUUCUACCAUACAGUACUCUUUAAUGGGCAUUAAAACUUGUAUAUUUAAAGGGUUUUAUGUUUAUAUAAUAUGCAAAAAAAUCAGCCUUAUAUGUCAUUAUUCUCUUUCUUGAUGUCUCAUAUGAUGUUUUAUUGACUUUUCCUUGUUUGAUACAGUAAUGCAAAGCAGGAGGACCAGUGCAAUGACAGCACUGACUCUCCUGGCAGAAGAUGUCUUUCUGUUCUGUGUUCUUUUUGUAAGCGGCUUAUUGUUCAGUCGGUAGUGAUGAUUCAUGUUACUUUAAUACAAACGUUUCAAAUAGUUGGGGGGGAUAAAAGGCAAAAAAAAAAAUUCAGGAAUUUUUUUUUAAAUGAAUACAUUCUUCAGCAAUAAUGCUUUAUAUCUGAGGGGCAGCUAACUACAACUGGGUUUUUGCACCAAUAAUGUCCAGAGUUACUUGAUGGAAAAAAUGUUCAAAUAGUUUUUAGUUCAAUCUUUUUUAAUAGAGUUUUGCAUGCAGAUGAAAGAAGAGUACAGAAGAGGGUUGAUUACAGUAAUAAAAAUAGUUUUCAUAUUUUUAUGUUAAUGUAGUUUUUUAUUUGUAAUUUUUUAUACCAGUUUUUUGUGUGUGUGGUGUGCAAGGGUUGUCUUUUUAAGUAAUGUAUACAUAACACAUAAAGCAGUAUUUAAUCCUUUACACACAGUAACACAAUAAUCUAUUAUUUUAUGGUGCGCUCUUUGUUUAGACUCUGCUGUCCCCAUUGCUAUUGUUUUAUGGUCAGCCGGUGCCAUUCAUGUCCAUACCACAACAAGGGAUUUUUUAAAGGAAACCAAACUCAUGCUUUGAAUAAGAGAUAUGAGCCUUCUAUUCAAGGGGAUGUAUUGGCUUAAAAACCCAGUAAUCAUUUUAAACUGCUUCACUAUGAACUAGCCAGUGUACAAAAAAACCCUGUAAAUACUUUUUUCAUUUUAUGCUCUGUAUUAUAAGUGUAUAUUGUGCUCAUCUCCAAUAUUUUUUUUCUUUUUGAUCCGUACUAUGUCAUAGUUGUCUUGUUAUAUUGGGUUGUGUUAUUGCCUGAAUUACUGCAGUCAGUAACUGCUCCAAAGGAAUCACUUAGUAAAUGAUUCCUCUUUUACCUGCACCCUCCCAACCUUUCUUUUUGAUGUUUGAUAAAUUCAACUUUAACCUUUUCUGUCCCCAUCCCCCACCAAUAUUAAGGCUGUUUUUCUUAAAACUAAGUGUCAUAUUUUUACUCUCCUAAGAAUGAUUUUCAAUUAAAAAAAGAAUGAGCAGUUGUUAUGUGCAACCGUUGAUCUUGAGUGACACUGUACAUGGGCCUGGUUACUGUGCUCUCCACAUCGGCAGCAAGGCUCACGGUCGCAUUACCUAUGCAUUUCAACAUAUUUAUAUUUGAUUUUCUUUCAUAUGUAAGCUGCUGCUAAGAUAAGCAACUUAAUUUCCAAUCUUUAGAACUAUUUUUAUGUAAUAAUAAAUGUAUGCUUUCUUGUUUAUAAAUGCCUAAACAAAAAAAAACUGCUCGGCCUAUUUAUCUACUGCGCUGUGUACCUGUCUGCCCUGUCCCCUCUCUCCUCUCCACCAUUCCACUCCUUAACCCUCCUACCAGUCAUGUAAAAUAAAGGACUUGAUGAGAUAUGUAAGAAAUAGCAAUGCAAAACCAGUUUGCAAUGGACACAGUGACUGAAUGUACAGUGUAUAGAUGGCAUUACCAUAAAUAAAAAAUGUUUGCCCAGAA